AUGCGUUUUUCUGGAAUAUUUGGCUAUCACAUGGCAACAGCGUCAGACCGUGCUGUGGUGCUUACAACGAAUGAGCGUGAUGCUUUAGCAAUCUACGAAGCGACGAGUGGAGCUUUAGUAUUCUCGCUUACGCAUGGAGAACGUAUCGACAAAAAUAUGUUCCCGUACUUGGAAGAGUUUGAAAAAAUUUUUCUGUGGUUUCCUUCUCGUCACUUAGAAUACGCGAAGGAAUGGGGAUAUGCAUUGAAUGGUUCCAGGAAUAUCGAGAGACCAAUCGAAUUGGUGAGAAACGGGAAACAUAACGAAGUGAAGUACAUUCUCAGCCGAGAAGCGGUGCGAGUUCGUGAGAAAGGUUUUCGCUCAUUGACCGACAUACGUGAAGAAGUGAAGGCAGACCUGAUCAAUUCCAGUACACGGCAACUAGGCUUUGCGCAGUUGUUUUCUCUAGCCUUUUUUAGUUGCAUCGGUUUCUUCAAACCAGUCGUUUUGACAGCUUUUUGGUGUAUCAUUCGAUCCUGUUGCGUACUCUUCUCUGUCUUCAAAACUGACACGAUGAACAGUGAAGAGUGUUGA